UUGGUACAACUGAAUUAUAAUGAGUCUACUAACAACAUUUCAAAUUUAGGACAUGGCUUGGACGACAUCAUGGAUGACAUCAGUGAUAAAAUGAAUACAUGUAUCAAUUCUACAGUCUCUCCCAAAAAGGACACUGCUGUGCAAACAGAUAAUACAGGAACGUUCACCAAUGCAGGGUCAUGCUGUGGAUCAGUAAUAGAGAGGGAAAUUAUAAAUUGUUCAUCCCCUGAGAUUCCUGCAGAAUUUAAUGAACAAUUCAACACUAAGAAAGACAAACAAGAAUUAAUAAAUCAGGAUAAAGGAGCCAACUUAGAAAAAGAAAACAGUUGGUAUAAUGAUCAGUGUAAUGAAUUCACAAAGACAGAGAAAACAAAACUUACGAAGAAAUGUCCUAAAAGGCCCGAUUGGAAUAUAAAUAAGCCACUCAAAAGGUAUAUUCCAGCAUCAGAAAAGUACCCUAAACAGCUUCAAAAGCAGAGAGAAGAAAAAAAAGUAAGAAGGCAGAUGGAACUGCUUAAUUUGGUAGAAAGAAACAGUCCUGGACAACUCUCUCAGAAUAGAGGCCCUUCACCAGUUUUUCCUUCAUCUCAAGAAACUGAGCCAAGGUUUAAGUGGCAUCCAGUGAAAAAGGAAGAAGAUCCUCUGAAAAUUAAUGAUUUCAGCAAGAAAAGGUCUCAGUCACCACCACCAGCUCCAGUGGUGAAAAACAGAACACAACAAACUCAGACACUAAAUAAUUAUGAAAGAGAGAAUCUGAUCUUAGAAAGCAGUCAAACAGAAACAACACCUGGGGUUUCUGAACCAUCCCAGUUUAUCCCCUAUGUCCGAACCAAUGAGAUCUAUUACCUUGAUCCAAAUGCACCACUGUCCAGGCCAUUAACCCCGGAUCUUCAGUACCAAAAUCCACAUGACUGUGACCAAGAACAAGGACAGCUAUUUGACUCUGGCAUCAGGGACCCACUUCUUAAUCCUAACUUGUUGAAAAACAGGGAUCGACAACAAGCAAUCCUUAAGGGACUAUCGGAACUGAGACAGGGCCUUCUCCAGAAGCAAAGGGAGUUGGAAACUAAUCUCAUGCCUUUAGCUGCAAAUCGAGAAGAGAAUUUUAAUUCUUCAUUUUAAAUGUAGAAAAAUCAAAUGCUUCAUGUUUGUGGUCUUCUAAAUUAUAAAAUGUGUUCAUUGCAUAAUUGUAUUUUCCAAAUAACCUAGAUUUUUAAAAUGCUUAUUUAAAACUUGUACAUUAUGUAGUACAACACUGUGUAUUUUUUUUUUACAA